CCGUUCCCACGUGUGAACUAUCACUGUGUGGCCGGAUAUAGGCAUCAUGGCACGCCUCCAGCCGUCAGACGGUUAUUAAAUUGAAAUAACAUUGGGAUGGAGAGUAACGCAAUACCGACAACAGCGAGAGAGCAAACAGAGCACCUUGUCGUAUCAACAUGCUUACGUUAAUCGUCGUUGCUGUGGUCUUCGUUGGAGGCGUGGUAGGAGGCUGUCCCUCUAGGGACGGCAUGGUGGAGGAAGGACACACCACAACGUUCGGGUGUCUCACCUGCACGUGCGGUGAUGAUGACAUGUACACCUGCCGGUACCCGGAAUGUAAUCAUACAGAAACCGUCAAUCCGUGUCUUCGGUAUUCAAGCGGAUGUUGCGCAGAGUGUCUGGAAUAUGGCUGCUACAAUCAGUACUUCCGGGGACACACGUCUUUGGUUCCACUCGGCCGAGUGCCACACCCAACUGACCCCUGCGUCACCUGCUCGUGCCACCUUGGACACGGAGAGGUCAUCUGCCGCUCCGUCAUGUGCGAGAGGCCAAAGUGUGCCAAUUUCAGGCAACGGCCGGGUUCAUGCUGCGAGUAUGACUGCCCCGAAGAAGUCAACUCUGAUAACACGGCUCCCUGAAGUUCAAGGGCUACAACACCCAAGGUGCAUGUGCUCGUGUCUCUUCAUGACAGUAUUAUAGACUUUCUGCUGACGUCCGUUUUCGGUGGUUCUUUGGGUUUUGUCGGAUGAAAAAAGCUGCAUUAUAUUUUUGUUAACUCUUGAUAUCAUUUUCUAAUUUAUAAUAAAGUUUUUGUCUCAAAAUUUCA